GGCACGGCCCCGGUGUGUAGCCCUAGAGCAUGACAUGGCGUGGGGCACGGCCCCGGUGUGUAGCCCUAGAGUGGGGCACAGCACUGUGCGCAGCCCUGGGGCAUGGCGUGGCGUGGGGCACAGUAUCACGCGCAGCCACGGGGCAGGGCACAGCGUGGGGCACGGCACGGCAUGGGGCACGGUGUGGGGCACGGCACGGCGUGGGGCACAGCCCCUGUGUGUAGCCUUAGAGUGCGGCACAGCAUGGGGCACAGUGUGGGGCACGGCAUGGGGCAUGGCACAGUGUGAGGCACAGCGUGGGGCACAGCCCCCGUGUGUAGCCUUAGAGUGGGGCACAGCAUGGGGCACAGCCCCGGUCCACAGCACAGCGUGGGGCAUGGCAUGGUGUGGGGCACAGCCUGUGGGGAAAAGCCCACCCUCCGUGUCCCCCCCCAGGUCGCACCGAUCCAGCUGGGCGCUGCCACGCAGCCAUGCUGCUCAUUCCCACUCUAGCCACGCACAGCAUGCUGCCCUCAGAAAUGGGGCCUGUCCCCUGCACCCCCCCAGCCCCGCUACGGUGUGGGGCACCGGCUGCUCGGGCCUGGCAGCCCCUGCUGCCCCACAGAGCCCCCCCGACUGUGGGUCCCUUUCACCCAGACGGGCCCCAGCCCGCCAUGCACACUCAGCACUUUUCCAGCCCCGGCUAUUUAAAGCCGGCCAAGUGCCGGGCGGCCCUUUCCCUCCCCCAGCACCGCCGAGCUGAACUUUGGUGGACUUUCCUCCCCGCGGCGGCACGGCCAUGAGCACCCGGCUGACAGCGGGGCCCAUCUUUGCCGAGGGCGAGGAUUGCCGGGCGGCCUGGCGGGAUGCGGCGGCCGGCUACGAUGCGCCGGACGCCCACCUGGAAAUCCUGGGGAAGCCGGUGAUGGAGCGCUGGGAGACCCCCUACAUGCACUCGCUGGCGGCCGUGGCCGCGUCGAGGGGUGGCCGCGUGCUGGAGGUGGGCUUCGGCAUGGCCAUCGCCGCCACCAAGGUGGAGGAAUUUGACAUCGAGGAGCACUGGAUCGUGGAGUGCAACGAGGGGGUUUUCCGGCGGCUGGAGGAAUGGGCCAGGAUGCAGCCGCACAAGGUCGUGGCCCUGAAGGGGCUGUGGGAGGACGUGGUGCCGACGCUGCCCGACGGGCACUUCAGGGGGAUCCUGUACGACACCUACCCGCUGUCGGAGGAGACCUGGCACACGCACCAGUUCAACUUUAUCAAGGACCAUGCCUUCCGCUUGCUGCAGCCUGGCGGGGUCCUCACCUACUGCAACCUGACCUCCUGGGGGGAGCUGCUGAAGACUGAGUACACCGACAUCGAGAAGAUGUUUGAGGAGACCCAGGUGGGGCACUUGGUAGAAGCCGGGUUCAAGAAGGAGAAUAUCAGCACGAGGGUGAUGGACCUGGUCCCCCCCAAGGGCUGCAGGUACUACUCUUUCCCCAAGAUGAUCACACCCACCAUCAUUAAGCACUGAGGGUGCCCAGCCCCAGGUGAGGAGAGGCUGAUUACAUGUGCCCAGAGAAGAAAAGCUCUUAUCUCCUCCAAUGCUAACGAGGGAAGAUUGAAGCUGAUUUAUCUGGAGGUGGGAGAUGGCUGGAGGCUUGGGAUGGAAGUCCUGGGUCUCCAGGGGACCUCCUGGACAAAAGGACUCACUCCCUGCCCCACAGCAGAUGUCACCAAGCCCUGGAGGGCUCUGCUGGGCUCCAAGGAGGAAGUUUCCACUCAAGACUUGCCCUUGUCUCCAAAUACCUCAAUUAUGCUGCAAUUCAAGAGCAGAGUGUGGCUCAGAGCCUUUAGCCAGAGGGGUUCAAGGAUGAGCCAUUUCCUCUAAAAACUGGAUCAUUUUUAGAAAUCACAGGGGUGCUUUCCACAGGAGUCAAAUAACCUAAACCAGGUGGGAGCAAUGGGGAAGAUGGCAAAGUUGGGAGCAUUUCAGCCGCUCCUGGAGCAACGCCCCAGCGAAGCUUCCAGAUACUUCUGGCUAAAGCCCAUCGUAGCAAGUUCUGAUCCCGACACCCCCCUUACAGUUCAACAGCACAUAAAUGAUGCUUCUUCUCUCUACCCAGAAGGGAUAAAAUCCAUUAAAAAGGAAUGAAAUACA